AUGGAAACUACGACAACAAACUCAGGCAAUGAAGAACAUUCACCAAUGCUCACAUCUUCAUCCUCGAAUUCCUUAGUAACAUUGACAAAUAAUCAUUCAAAUAAAUUUUCCACACCUGAUUAUCAAGAAACAAGUGAUAGUUUUUUAACAAUAUUUUCUACAUGGGACGAACGUGAACAAUUAAAUUUUGUUGAAAAUCUUCUUAAACAUAUGCAUAGUCAUCAACAUGGACAAAUAAAUGCUUUUCUAUUACCUAUGUUACAAAGAGAUUUUAUUGGACAAUUGGCAGCACGUGGACUAGAACAUAUAGCAGAAAAAAUUCUUGGAUAUUUAGAUGAUCAAUGUUUAAAAUCAACGGAACUUGUGUGUCGUGAAUGGUAUCAUGUUAUAUCCGAAGGAAUGUUAUGGAAAAAAUUGAUCGAACGUAAAGUUCAAUCAGAGUCUCUUUGGCGUGGUCUUGCUAAUCGUCGUGGUUGGAUUAAAUAUCUUUUCCGUCAGAUAUUAACAUCAGGCGAAAUACAAAAAACUCAUGAAUUUUAUCGUCAAUUAUAUCCAAAAAUACUUCAAGAUAUUGAACAAAUUGAAACAAAUUGGCGUGCAGGAAAUUUUCAAUUAGAAAAAAUUCAAUGUCGUUCACAAAAUAGCAAAGGUGUUUAUUGUUUACAAUAUGAUGAUGAAAAAAUUAUUAGUGGUCUUCGUGAUAAUACAAUUAAAAUUUGGGAUAGAAAAACUCUUGAAUGUACAAAAGUUUUAACUGGUCAUAAUGGAAGUGUUUUAUGUUUACAAUAUGAUGAAAAAGUUAUUGUUACCGGUUCAUCUGAUUCAACAGUACGUGUAUGGAAUGUUAAAACAGGAGAAUUAGUUAAUACAUUAUUACAUCAUUGUGAAGCUGUUUUACAUCUUCGUUUUUUCAUUGGUAUAAUGGUAACUUGUUCUAAAGAUCGUUCAAUAGCUGUUUGGCAAAUGAAUUCACCAACAGAUAUAAAUAUUCGACGUGUUCUUGUUGGACAUCGUGCAGCAGUUAAUGUUGUUGAUUUCGAUGAAAAAUAUAUUGUUAGUGCUAGUGGAGAUCGAACAAUUAAAGUUUGGGAUACAACAACUUGUGAAUUUGUACGAACACUACUUGGACAUAAACGUGGUAUUGCUUGUUUACAAUAUCGUGACAAAAUUGUUGUUAGUGGUUCAUCAGAUAAUACAAUUCGCAUAUGGGAUAUUGAGUGUGGUGCAUGUUUACGUAUACUUGAAGGACAUGAUGAACUUGUACGUUGCAUUCGUUUUGAUUCUAAACGAAUUGUUUCUGGAGCUUAUGAUGGUAAAAUAAAAAUCUGGGAUUUAGUAGCUGCAUUAGAUCCACGUUCUCAAUCAUCUUUAUGUAUUCGUACAUUAACUGAACAUACAGGACGAGUAUUUCGUCUACAAUUUGAUGAAUUUCAAAUCAUAUCAAGUUCACAUGAUGAUACGAUACUUUGUUUCAAUUUUCUUAAUGAUUCACCAUCUAUAGAAAAUUUAACAACAACAGCAACAACAACAACAACAGCGAUAAAUAAUACCUUAUAA